AUGCCGAAGCUCGUUAAUACCCUCGCGUUUGUGCAUGCUGUCGCGCUGCUGCCAAGUACGGUCCACGCGACGGUGAAGUGUACCGGGAACUUCGGGCGAAUAUCGGCUUCCGAGUAUGUCGCCGCCAUAAACCCAGGCUGGAAUCUCGGCAAUACCCUGGAUUCCAUUCCGGAUGAAGGGUCGUGGAAUAACGCGCCAGUGCAGGCUGAGACAUUUGCAGACAUAAAAGCUGCGGGUUUCAAGAGUGUUCGCAUACCGGUCACUUAUGCCGAUCACUACGUGGGUAGCUCGCCCAGUUGGGAAAUCGACCCAAAGUGGCUCCAACGAGUAUCAGACGUGGUCGAUUCGGCUGUUGAUGCUGGCCUAUACGUUUUAACAAACGUCCACCACGGUCUCCAGAUUAGCGAGACGCUAGGCUGCCAACCAUCCAGUGUUGCAUUUGAGCCAAUCAACGAGCCACCAAUUGAGACAGCAGAGCAGGCAGCGGAAUUGAACAAGGUCAAUGGCCUAUUCCUUGAGGCUCUCAAAGUCUCCGGGGGCUUUAACUCGGAACGUGUUGUGACUCUUGUUGGUGGCUCCUCGGAUAGUAUCAAGACAUCGCAAUGGUUUGAGGCCCCUAAAGGCUACGACAACCCCUGGGCUUUGCAGUAUCACUACUACUCGCCAUACGACUUCAUAUUCAGCGCUUGGGGUAAAACCAUACUGUCUGAUGCUGAUAUUGCGGCGAUCGAGAGUGACCUUGAGAAUAUCCGUGGUAACUUCACUGGUGUACCACUUGUGAUCGGAGAGUUUGACGCAAGUCCUUCCAACACUGAACCGGCCUCAAGACGGAAGUAUAUGGAUGUUGUGGUUCAAAAGGCUACUGAACUUGACACUGCAGUAAUUGUUUGGGACAACGGUCUAGAUCACUUCAACCGCAAUACGAAACAGUGGAGAGACCCCCAGUCUGUCGAAAUCCUACUUAACGCCGCAGCUGGUGUUAGAAAUAGUCUCGCGACCUUCACGACCGAUGCAUCGGCUACUGAGCAGUCUAGCUCUACAUACAUUUUCCACAAGGUCGGCGAUGAGGUUACUGACCAAACGAUCUCCAUAGCUCUGAAUGGGAACACCCUUGAAUCGAUCACUACUAAGGAUGGUACAGAGCUCAGCGCACCGAUAGAUUAUCAUGCGUCUGACGGAAACAUCACGUUCUCGUCUUCGUUCCUUUCCAACUAUUUCUCAGUAUCAGGCUCACCGGGCAUCAAGGCAAGCCUCAUGAUCUCUUUCUCGGCCGGAGCUACAGCCAGUGUGAAUAUCGUGCAAUGGGAUAUUCCGGUUCUCGGAUCGACGUCAUCUACAGCUGUCUCCAGUGCCGACCUGCACAUUCCUGUCGCAUGGACUGGUCUCAACCAGGUCUCAGCUGUGAAGAUGGUACGCAGUGACUCGGUGUACCUCUUCGACGACUGGACUCGGUACCUAGGACCCCUACAAGCGGGCUAUGGAACAUGGAAUGGGCAAUGGAAUUGGGAUGACAGUGGCGUGAUUCUGACUGCUGCGACAGUCAACGCCGUCAUUGCGGUGGGUGUUCCCACCACUUUCACGUUCGACUUCUUCCCUAGAGUUCCAGGCAACUCUGUAAACUAUACACUGAAUGUUUGAUUUUCCUGUUGGGCUAUUUCCUUGCGAGCUGGCUAGUGAUCAAGCCCCAUUGAGAUGUCGAUCUCAGAAGGUAAAUGCAGUAGAUAGCAAUGAAAGCAAUCUAGAACCUUUUUAUUUGUAUUGGGAUGUUAACGGGAUUAGAAUC